UUUUUCCUCAAGACGGGAAGUAGCUGACAGGCUUGCUGGAGUGAGCCACACCUCAGAUAUCGGAGUUGGGAGAAAGCUUUGGAAAGAGCACGAGGGCCGUGACUUCAAUGCUUUGGACAGCAGAAGAGCAACACAGCCAGGCAGAGGGGGCGUUGGAGAGGGGGGGACAGGACCACAACCCGGGCACCAUCCAGAGAGAGGAGCAAGGGAGCAGCUGAGGAGGAAGGGAUCAUCCAAUCGUUGGUAGGAAGUGAGUCCAGCCCAUCAGAUGAAGAGCCUUCAGUUCCGGAGCAUUGCCCCUAAGGCCCCGGCUGUGGUGCCGUCCCCCUCCCCUGCGGUCCUGUCCUGCCAGCCUCCGUCUGCCCUCCCUGAGGCUACCACCGCCUCCAGCCCCAAGUCCAUCAUUGUGCCCACCCAAAACUAUGCACUGAUGCAAAUAGCAGGUCAAGAUGGCACAUUCUCCCUGGUGGCACUGCCCCCUUCUGUCUCCUCUCAGACGCCACAACAACAAACCCAUACUAUCCAGAAAAACCUCAAGUUACCCAUUCCCAGAUACCAGCCAGUGAGGAGCAAGGGGACCACAGAUAAGGUCAAAUCUCCACCGCUAGCUGUCAGGGUGAAAACUGCCCCUAAGCUUUCUGUAACAGCGCAGACCAAGUCAGUGGUGAGUGGGGCAUCAGCAGCAGUGAAGAAGAAACCGCAAGAGACCAAGCACACAAAGGAAACCCCUGGGCCCAAAGAGGAGCCCUCAGAGCAGGUAAUUGUUAUCGACCCAGCCUCCUCUGACAUCUCAGUCACUGCUCUUCUACCAGACAAUGCUGUCCUCUAUCCGGGUUCUCAGUUGGAGCGAGUGCCAGAUGGCUGUGAACGACCUUCUACAACUGGCCUUAUUCAGAACCUCCAGUACCCCUCUGCUGCUGUUAAAAGCUCCCCAGGCAAAUCCCCAGAGGAAAAUACAACUACAGUGAGACUGUGCCAGUCAAAGCCAGCUGCAGCCCAGCCCCAGCCCCAGAGCAGUAUUACUGUCCUAUCCCCGGCAAUCUUCAGUAAAGCGGUCCAGAUUAUCCCAUCCCCACCUAAGGGGAAACUUCCCAUCCUGCCCUACUCUAAAAUGAAGAGCACCCUCAUCCCAGCUGCCAAGCCCAACAAUUUGUCCCCAGAGAAAAAAGGUUGCUCGGGCCAGACAGGACUCACCAGCCCCUUAGAAGCUACAUCUAAGACUCUCGAGACAGCUGAAGCCUUGAGUCACAACCAGGUGCCAAACUCUACUUUACAGCCCCAAGCCAAGACCACACUCAUGCCUGUUUUGGGAACCCACCAGAAACCACCUGGCAAGAAGAGAGGUAGGAAGAGAAAGACGAUGGAAGACAUCUUAGCGUUUGAGGCCCGAAAGAAGAGGUCCUUGUCUUUCUUCCGUAGAAGGGUUCCUGAGAAACCACCAGCCGUUGUUCCAGGUUCCAAACAAAAGGAAGUUGAUAUUUCAAAGAAAUACCGCAGCAUCCGACCCAAGCCCAUGUUGGUUAUGGAGACAGUUCCCCAACUGGUUAGUUUGCCUGCCAUUACCCCAGAUGGCCAAGAGCAGGAACUUAUACUUGGUCGUCAGCUCCCCACCACUGCCACAACCAAGGCCCUGGACCAGCCAGCCCCCGUAACCCUCCACCUGAGAGGUGGCUCCCACUCAAGAGUGUUCAUAGGAAGCCGUCCGCUCCACCGUUGCCCCACCUGCAGCCGCUGUUUCCAGUUCAAACAUCACCUCCAGAGCCACAUGAACAGCCACACCAACAGUCGGCCCUACAUCUGUCCUGUGUGCCGCAAAGCAUACGCUCACUCAGGCAGCCUGAGCACCCACAUGAAGCUACACCACUCUGAGGUACGACCACGUCGGUCUCUGUGCUGUGAGUUCUGCGAGAAGGCCUUCGGAUAUGUCGGUGUGUAUUUCAGUCACCUGAGAGAGGUCCACAAGGUGGUGCUGACCGUGGAGCCGUCGAUCAGCCAUCAUGAGGAUGACGUGUCUGUAGAAGGGCCGAACUCACCUGAGCCAUCAGAUGAACAGGAUCGAGAAGAUCCUGUGGAGUUGCAGAUUAAAUGUGGCCGCUGCCAGGCCAUCACUCCCACCUUCGCCGACAUGAAGAUGCAUUUGCUGUAUGUGCACGGGGAGGAGGUCCACAUUCGACUUCACGAUGGCCAACCACUACGAGGGGGCCGUGAGGCUGAGAAUGAGCUGGUGAAGCAUGCUGCCCACUAUUGGCGACAGCUAAACGAGAAACGUAACCUGGUGAAGUGUGGCAGCUGUGACGAGGAGUUCUUUUCCUUCUCCAAGCUUAAGAAGCACAUCAUGUCCCACCACCGUGGAAGGGAGGGUGAGGACAGCGGAAUCCUCUCGUCACCAGAAAGCAGUGGAGGCCUCGGCGUCCUUGCUGCAGGCGCAGCCUUUAACUGUGUGCUUUGCAGCGAGGUGUUGGACACGAAGGAGGUGGUUCUGGAGCACUGGAGGAGUCACCACCACUGUGAGCAGCCCGGCCUUCUGUGGGACGCCCUGAGCUCCUACACCGGCCAUGAAGAAGGUGAGGCAGACGGAGAUCUGGACACUCCAGCUCCAAGCCCACACUAGCCAGCCUAGCCCUUGGAUGGGCACGGAGCCCUUUACUGUGGCUCCUCCUCAUAUACACUCAGUCCUAACAAUCAGCAGCACAGGGAUAGAGAGUUUCUCUUAUGUCUUUUAGCACUAGUUUCAUCUUUCACCAGUUGAGACAUUUAACUUGGUCCAAAAGAGAAAAGAAAGUAAAAUAAUGUCAAGCCAAUGGUGUCAAUUGAUCUUUGUGUUAAAAGUCAUAAGAGAUAUUCUCACUAGGUCAGAGAAUCCAGUUUUAUAAACAAUAUAAUUUUUCAUGUUACUUUGAUUGCACUGUUUUGUUUUUGGAUUUCAUUUCGUUUGGAGGUAUGUAUUUAAUAUCCUGUUGGAAAUUAGAUGAUUAUUUUUUUCUACUGCUUAUUUAAAUGUUAUAAAGGGUAAUUUAUAACCUAACUGACACAGUAAAACUGUUAAAGGGUCAUUUCACCCUUUAGUCUAUCUAGCCAUGCAGGUAAUUUGGUUUAAUGUACUUGUUUUUGUAGAUGAACUCCAUAAAAAGUUUAAAAGUGCGUCGUGUGUGGAUACAGUUACAGUGAUGAAACAUUCACCUUCAGCAGGUGGAGGCCAGAGCCUUGGUGACAGUGACUACUCGCAGGAUUAGUGGUGAACUGCUGUAGCGACAAGUUAAUUGUGAGCCACAAUAGCUCUCAGAGCAUCUCUCCAUUUUUUCUCUCUACUGUACGACUCUUUAUUCCUCGUUGCAUUUUGUUCACCACUGUAUGCAAUUUCUUUGAACAAAAAGUAACUGACGAGUGAAAGUAAAGCUGUCUGAUCUAAUGAGCUCUGUUAGCUUAGCUUGGCCAUUAGAGGAAUAAUAUUUUCACUUUAUUCUAAAGACGUAUUUGUGCUAUUGACAUCUAUUUAAUUCUUGGUGCAUCCAGGCGUUUUCUCUGUGGAUUAUCCAGAGGAAUAAAAUGGAUAAUUAUUUAUAGGGGCAUUUUAAGCCUUGAUUAAAUAGUGUUAGUAGAGAGAUGAGGUGCGACAAAGGCCCUCGGUCGCACAGAUGGUAAUUCAGUUUUUAAAACGUCGUUUUAAAAUGCUGAGUGCCACAAACAAAUUCCAUUCACCUCCAUUUAUGUAAGGUGGUGUCAGAAAUUACAAAGAUGUCAUCCUCAGUGAAACUACCAAAUCUGCAUGGCUAGAUACCCCUACAGAGGCAGAGAACAUGUUUAAUUAGUUUGGACUGAAUCUUGAAAAUACUGAACAUAUAAGUAUAAAUGUUACUACAAGAGAACAUCGUCUACGAUCACAGAGGCUGACAAUUGAUCCAUAGAACUUGGUAUAUUACAAGUUAAAAUAAAUUAGUAUCUGUACAAUCCUCUGAUUAAAUAUUGCUCACAUAACAGAAAAUGUACAUUUUCAGUUAUGCUUUGAGCGUCCACCUCACAGUCUAAUUAAGGGCAGUAUCAGGGUCUUGUUUCAACUUGGACCCAAUGAAGGAACACUUUUGUAACCAGCACCCAAGUGACAUCCUUGUGGCCUUCUGAAAAAAAAAAUAGGUGUUCAUGCGUGAUGUGGCUUAUCAUCAGUAUGGUCCUCUGUAGGCCAGGUUCUCUCUUAUUGACUUGUUGAUUAAUGCCUAUAUGUGUAUUCUGUGAUAUGCCAAGGGUCUAUUCACACUAGUGAUUGUAGAAGUGAGGUUUGCAUUUAAGCUUUCUAAAACCACUGACAGAAUACCGUUUGUUGAUUUAGUAAAUACGCAAAUAAAACCAUUGAAUUGCCUACCUGUUGUUGCCAGCUCAUGUACGCACCUGUGGAAUUGUGUGCACCCAGACUCUGACUAGAGUUCAUAUAAACUGUUGUCAAGUCCAGAAAAAUAUGCUAUUUUAUACUCUAGAUUAAUAAAGAGGUCUUUUAGUAUAUUUAUGCUUGUGAUUGGUCCUUAAAGAACCAGCACUGAGACAUUUGUUACGUUUGCUUCUUCUGAUUUCGAGGGAUGCUUACUGUCUUGUUUCUUGGUUGGGAGGCCGUUACAAAAUGGCAAGUAGCUCUGUUAACAUUUGUCUGUGUUUAUCUUUCAUAUGAAGAAGA